AUGUGUGAUGAGGAUAUUCAGAGAAUUAAAGAUGUUAGUGGAUUUCAAACUGGCAGAUUGCCCUUCAAGUACAUGGGGGUUCCUAUUGCCACUGAUAAACUGAAGACUAGUGAUUGCCAAGCUAUGAUUGACAAAAUGAUCACUAGGAUCAAAGUCUGGAGCACCAGAAACAUGUCCUUUGCUGCAAGGUGUCAAUUGGUUAACAGUGUGUUGAUGAGUAUACACACUUAUUGGGGGCAACUGUUUCUCAUUCCAAGGAGUGUGCUACUUGAAGUUAAUAUAAUCUGCAGGUGCUUCUUAUGGAAUGGUUCUCACAAUGACACUAAACCUGGCUCUGUGAAGUGGGAUACUUUAUGUAAGCCCAAGGCUGCUGGGGGGCUUGGUUUGAGGAGUACUAUGAUUUGGAACCUUGCUGUAGUGGGGAAUCUUGCUUGGUGCAUAGCAAAAAAGCAAGAUAAUAUGUGGGUUAAAUGGGUUAAUGAAAUAUACAUCAAGGAGCAACGGUGGAGUAGUUAUGCUGCUCCUACUACUGUCAGCUGGGCUUGGAAAUAUAUUUGCCAAGCUAAGGAUGAGAUGAGUGUGAAGCUUGGAGGUGACCAGUGGCUACAAGAUAAUAAGUUUAGCAUCAAGAAGUACUAUACAACACUUAAUGGCAGUGACUUAAGAGUUCAAUGGAGUGUUUAUCAUGUUGAAUCAGUGCAUCAUCUGUUGUUUAAGUGUCAUUACAACAGCCAGUGUAUGGAGCAGGUUAUGUGUUGGCUGGGUGUUUCAUGGAAUGCUAGGAAUGUGCACCAGAUGUGUAGGUGGAUUAGAGGAAGAUACAGAGGUUCCAGCCUUCAGAAGAAAGUGGUGCUUGCUGCUCUAGCUGCUAUUGUGUACACUAUCUGGAGAGUUCGAAAUUCAGCUCACUGGGAUGGUGCUAUUGUAACUAGUAGCAAAUCUGUUCUGGACAUAAAGCAUAGUGUGAAAGGCAGAAUCCUACAGCUUUUGAGUGUUAAAGUUAAGGAUAAAGAUAGAAUGUGGAUUGAGAAUGUUUAA